AUGAGCGCGACCGCCGCCACCGCAGGCGCCCUGGCCGUCGCCGCGGCCGCGGCGGCCCUGGCGAUCGCCCUGGGCCAGGGCCGCGCGCCCCCGCUGCCGCCCCCGAGCGCCCCCGCGAGGGCGCUGUGGGCGGAGGCCGCCGAGCGGGGCCUGCCGGAGGGCGCCGCCGAGCACUUCGCGGCGCGGGGGCACGUGCUGGUGCCCGAGGCGGUGCCGCCCGAGCUGGUGGAGCGCCUGCUGCUGCCGGAGCUCUCGGGCCUCUCGACGCCCUUGUGGGCCAGGCUGGCGCUGCCGCACCUGCGGGACCCGCUCCUGAGUUCAGACCCCGCAGCCGCCUCCGAGAUCACUUCAGCCGUGUUGGCCCUGGUUCCCGCAGUCCACGUGGGGCACGGCGGCGAGGCGUUGGUGCGUGACUUGCUGGGAGACAUUGAGACAGGUUGUGGACAAGGGCGCGGCGCGACGCUACGAUUGGUCAGGGCUUCGCAGCUAACGACGCCUCCAAGCAGACCCUUACCGAUACCACGAAUCGGUUCGACGUGGCCUGCGACGUGGCGCAUACGACAGGGCAAGCCGUCUUCAACGAAAUACUGCUCAUGUACAGUAUUGGCCGCUACGUAG